AUGUUUGCCUCAGUGAUAGCUGGGUUUUUGGCUGAUACCCUUGGAAGGAAAAAUUCUUUGGUGGUAGUUAAUAUUACAGCAAUGACCUCUUCAGUCUUGAUGAGUGUUGAAAGUUUUGUCCUGGGCAUCGAAUUCACCUUUUUAGCUCACUUGAUCACUGGAUUAUCUUUAGGUUUCAUUUUAAGUAUUGUUCCCUUAUACAUGGGUGAAAUAGCCCCCAGGAAUCACCGAGGAGCCCUCAUUUUCUUACACCAGUUCUUUUUAAAUAUCGGCAUCCUGAUGGCUCAGAUACUUUCAGUAAAGGAACUCCUAGAACACUCAGAAGGUUGGUCUAUACUGAUGGGUAUGGUAGGGCUUCUAACCUUGGUUCAACUGUUUCUACUGCCCUUCAUACCUGAAAGUCCGAGGUACUUAAUGAUUUAUAAGAGAAAUGAACCGCAAGCACGAAAAGUCCUGAAGAUGCUGAGAGAGACAGAUGAUGUGGAUAAUGAAAUUGAAGAAAUGUCUCAGGAGGACCUUGCUGAGGGUAAUAACAAAGACAUGACUCCACUGAAACUAAUACGGACCCCAAGUAUGCGAUGGCACAUCAUCACGAUAGUUGUCAUCAUGGCUGGUUCACAGCUCAACGGUAUAAGUGUGGCAUACUUUUAUACAGAGCGGAUUUUCUUGAUCAUGCCUAUGAAGAGGAGCGAUGUGAAGUACUUAACUACUGCAACAAUUGUUAUUCUGUGCUCCUCUGUUCUACUAGUGAUGUACUUGGUUGAUAAUGUGGGACGGCGGAUCCUUCUUCUUACGAGUUUUACAUGUUGCAGCAUCAGCUCCAUUUUGUUAAUAGUGUCCCUUGAACUGCAGAAAACUGUGAGCAACUUGUCAUAUUUCAGUUCCACGAUGAUAAUCCUAUUCGUUUGUGCACACGAUUUUGGACCUGCGGCCCUUCCACACUUGCUUACAUUGGAGCUGUUCUCUCAGUCGUCAAGAGCUUCGGCCUUUGUGAUUUCAGGUUCCGUGUUCUGGAGCGCAAAUUUUAUCACAGGAUUAACAUUCUUCUACCUAGAGAAGGACUUGGGGUACUACUGCUUUGUGGUCUUCUGGCCCUUCUGUAUAGGAACCAUUGUAUACAUCUACAAAAUGGUUCCAGAAACCAAGACACAGACUUUUUCUGAGAUCAAAAAAGUCAUGUUAAUGAAGACCACCAAGAGGUUCCGUUCUAGAGAGUCCAGGAGAAAACUGAAACUCAAAAGACAUGUCUGA